UUAGUUCAGUCAUCUGAAUGUGUAUGUAUGUGUGUAUGUGUGAGAAAGAGCGAGAGAGAUCUUCCAGCAUUAGGGCCGACCACUGAGGUGUCAUCGCAUCCGGACACAGGACAGUCAUGGCCCUGCUUGAUCUAGCCCUGCAAGGCUUCUCCAUCUUCGGCUUCGGCUUGUUCAUCGUCCUCUGGUUCAUGCACCUCGUGUCCAUCAUCUACGUCCGUCUGCAUCUCAACAGGAAGACCACAGAGAAGGUGCCAUACAGCAAACUGGCUGGUGUGUCGCUGCUGAAGCCCCUCAAGGGAGUGGACCCCAAUCUCAUAAACAAUCUGGAGACAUUUUUUGAGCUGGACUAUCCCAAGUAUGAAAUUCUGCUGUGUGUCCAGGACCACGACGAUCCAGCUAUCGAUGUUUGUAAGAAGCUGCUGGGCAAAUAUCCGAAUGUUGACGCCAGGUUAUUUAUAGGGGGUAAGAAAGUUGGCAUCAAUCCAAAAAUAAAUAACCUCAUGCCAGCUUAUGAAGGGGCAAGGUAUGAACUCGUCUGGAUCUGUGACAGUGGCAUUCGAGUGAAGCCAGACACUCUCACUGAUAUGGCCAAUCAGAUGACGGAGAAGGUGGGACUGGUUCACGGUCUUCCUUAUGUGGCAGACAGACAGGGAUUCGCCGCCACAUUGGAGCAGGUUUAUUUUGGAACCUCACAUCCUCGUUCCUACAUCUCGGCCAAUGUCGCGGGAAUCAAGUGCGUCACGGGGAUGUCGUGUCUCAUGAGGAAGGAGAUCCUGGACCAAGCUGGGGGGCUGAUCGCGUUUGCUCAGUACAUCGCUGAAGAUUACUUCAUGGCCAAGGCCAUCGCAGACAGGGGAUGGAAGUUUUCCAUGGCCACGCAGGUAGCCAUGCAGAAUUCCGGCUCGUACUCCAUCGCACAAUUCCAGUCUCGCAUGAUCAGAUGGGGCAAACUGAGGAUCAACAUGCUGCCGGCCACCAUCAUCGAGCCCGUCUCCGAGUGCUUUGUGGCCAGUCUUAUCAUCGGCUGGGCCGCCCACCAUGUCUUCCGCUGGGACAUCAUGGUGUUUUUCCUGUGCCAUUGCCUGGCCUGGUUCAUUUCGGAUUACAUCCAGUUGAGAGGAGUACAGGGCGGCCCUCCGUCCUUCUCCAAGCUGGACUACGCAGUGGCCUGGUUCAUCAGGGAGUCCAUGACAAUUCAGAUAUUCUUGUCCGCUCUUUGGGACCCCACCAUCAGCUGGAGAGCGGGACGUUACCGAUUGCGCUGCGGAGGUACAGCAGAGGAAAUCUUGGAUGUUUAAACGGCACCGUGUGCCUUGAACUAUGCACUGAUGUGAACAUGGACACAGAACUGUGAGAAGACAUGGGCGCAGAUGGACAAACGAACUGCAACUUUCUUUUUGGAGUCGGGGGAGGGGCGGGGGGUAUUCCUAUUUCUGCUAGUUUUUAACCUGUGACUUCAGCAAAUAGAUUAUUUAUGUCCUUGGUGCUUUUUUUUGUUUUCCUGUGCGGUCUCUUAACAAUUUGAGACCUCGUUCUAGAUGAGCCAAAAGUUAUGAAGAAGAAGAGGAGGUGGCGGGACUUCAGCUGGCAUCAGUUACCAUGAUAAAAAUGUAUCCAAAUUUAAGUUGUGCAAACAAGUUUAGUGCUGGUUUAACAGCUGUCUCGUGACAUAUUCAUUUUAUGAUGAGUUUGAAUGAACGGUACAGUUUUUAAUGAUGAUCGUGAGAUGGAGAAUGACUGAAGCCUUUUAAAAUGGCACUAGCCCAUGUAUGGAUCACUUGCUUAUCACAGUGUUGCUCUCAACAUACAGCACUCUUGCCAUAUUUUAUACAUUUUUGGACUUCUGAAUGCUCAAAACGGAUCCACUCGGGUCCAUUUUAUGUUUACUGGACAGAGCAAUAUCUUCUGUAGAGGUAAUAUAUAAGGAAUUAUGGUAUACUGACGAUCGAUCCUGCAGUAUUCAAACACGAGGUUUACUCCUCACCGUGAUAUCUGCAGAUCAAAUUGAGUGCCAUUUAUUGUUAUCAUUUUGGCAUCUUUAAUGCAGAUAUCUUCAAGGUCUUUUAUCUUCCCGUGCUUCACUUUCUGCAGUAGUUGCUCUUGUACCAGGAUCAGAGUUUGCUAAAACACAUUUCCUGCCCCGCUGUUGUUUGUCUGAGAAGCUGUCAGUAUUUUCCUGAUGUUUGACUGGAUAUAAAUGCAUAAGCUCUCUGAUCAUUUCAUCCAUUGUCAUUUCAGUUAGCCGAUUAAACCAGAUUCUGUAUUGGCGUAAAGAGUUUGAGAAGUUCAAGGUUAUUGGAAUUUUAUUUUUUGUAAACAAUUUGGCAUGAGUAAUUGCUCAAUUAUUAAAAAAAUAUAUAUAAAUAUCUCCUGGCAAACGUGCAUUCACACUCUGAUACAUUUCAAAAUAUGUCAGUCGCACACUGUGCUAUUUGGAUCUACUCAGUCAUUCACCAUUAACAUAUAUAUACUCUUACAGUCAAACAGUAUUCACGAAACUAUUGACCUUCUCCGUGUUCCCCUUGUUUUCCACGUUUUUUCUUGAGGAACUGCUAAUUUCGGUUUUGUACUGCCAGCACUUUGUUGUUAAACCGCUCUCUCUGUAUUUCCCUCAUUUCUUGGCUCUUUCCUACUGCCAUGCAUUCAUAAAACAAGGCGCUGAUCGUGAAGAACCCAUGCCAGCUCUGGCAGAAUUGUUUCACUGAUACUACUCUACUCAAUCACCUGAACUGUUCAAGACUUGUUAUUAAUAUAAAACCAUUAUAUGUGAUUCAGGUAAAACACGUUGACUUGAGCCGUGUGCAUGUGUCUUCAUAUUCCAUCAGCUGCCGUUUAUGAUGUUAUAAACACUGUUGUAGCCCAAUGCCAAACCAUGCAUUGUGUUUUUGUUCUGGUGUCGGGUUGUUCUUUCUAAUUUGAAAGCAUCUUAUUUUGGUCUACUACUGAACACUUUGGGCUGACUAUUAGAAGUAAACGUAUGUUUUGUGCAUGAGGCCACGACAUGAAUGCCAUUUGUUCAUACCAUGGCAGUUGAAGUAUUAACAGCUGGGAAGCAAUCAGUUAGCAAUAAUCAUGUGCAUUAUUAUUAGUUUUACUGUAUUCAGGCUGUGAAACGAAAGCAAGCUUCCAAACCCAUUGACUUGUCCAGCUUUGGUAAAAUAAACAUUUCCGAUUUUGUUGACCUUUAUCAUACCUCAGUGAGCCUCGUUCAUGAAACACGUUUUGCAAAAUCAUUAAAUAAAAAAACAUUCUUCCAUAAACUACAUGGAAUUAAACCAUUAUAUUUAAUAAUUGGUCAAACUUCUUCUGUAAAUUGGAGUUGGUUUACAAAUUAUUCAAUUGAAGGCGACAAUUUGGAAAAGAAGAGUUUUAUGAAUUAUUCUGUUUGGUGUGCUAGUUUACGCAAACGUGGUUUUGCGAAUUAUUUUUAAUAAUUCUUUCGGAAAUAGCUGCCCUGGAUUGAAUAAUUGUGCAAAACCACUGUUGCAACGAAUUUCGUAAUUUCAAUUUUUUUUAUAAUUUUUGCAUUGGAUUAAAUUAAGUUAAAACCAUUCUUGCAUAAAUGAUUGCGUCGAAUUCUGUGCUACUAUUAUAAAAGAAAUGCUUUCAGGAUGAAUGUUUAACAAAUUAAUUCAGCGUUUGAAUAACACCCGAUGUGUUGUCGUUCUGCACCACUGGUAAAACUGAAUGCACCUUUGCAAGAACAUGUGACUGUCAUCUUAUCUGUAACACCACAGUAGAAACUAACAUUUAUUUAGGGAAGGCCAAAGCUGCCAUUCAGUUCUUCAGUUCCUCUCUUUGACUUUCAACCAUAUCGGCUUAUGUUAUAUAUGUGAAAUAUUAUAUAUUUGUCAAAACGUAACUUCACCUCAAUUCCGAAAAGUCUACAAUGCACUGUAAAUCUCCCGUUUAGACUUUCCCCCUCUUUGUGUGACCGUGAGAGAAUGCUGCUGAGUGCGUGUUUGCAGAAAUAUUGCCUUUUUUUGAUAAGCCAAUUCUGAUAGGAUUGUAUUAUCAUAACGUUCUCUGUGGGGAACUGGACUUUUUUUUGUUUCCCAUUAAUGUACAGUUGUAUGUUUGUCAGAUUAACAUGUUUUGUGAAAGACUGGUGACCCGGUAUGGUGCCAUGUGGACGUGAGAAUAUGUGGCUGUCCUGCAUUUGCCGACAGCCGUUUGCUCAAAACCAGGAACACAAAAAAAUUGAGAAACUCGGUCUGCGUCAACCGCAUUGGGAUGCAUUUACAGGAUCUGAAACAAAUGUGUGAGCUGCCUAGACCGUCUCGAAAUGUCUUGACACAAAGCCAUUUUGAGUUUUAAGUGUCAUAUCUUGUGCUAUGAUUUAACAUUACCACAUUUCACUAAUUUUAACGAAGUCUACAGCACUGGACUCAAAGCAACCGAGAGAAACCACUGCUACAUGUUUACCAUCCGGUCAUCAGUCAGAGUAUAGGACAAAAGUCUAGUUGUGAUCCACAUGUGUUUUUGUAAUAUGUACAGUUUAUUUAUGAGGUUUGGUUGAUAUCCAUUACACACACUGCUUCCUAAGGCUUAAAUUAUCAUCAAGUUGUACAUUUGACUUGUUCCUUAUGAGUUCUGUUCGAUUUUUCUGCAGUGUAAAGGUAUGGCUGGACAGACUUCGUGUUGUUUUGUAGAUGUUGUGUACUGUACUCUUGAUGCUGAUUGCAUAAUUCACAGCUGGAAACUGUGUCAUUACAGAGAAAUUAAAGCUUUAUCAAGCAAUAUAAAAAGUG